CAAGAGUCCUCAGUGGCUGCCCCAGGGCCUGGCAUUUGACCCUGCGCUUGCUGCAGCAGCAGCCGCCCCGGCUCUGUGCUUACCGAGGGCUCGGGACCCGCCUCGGAACCUCGGUUACCAAGGGGCUGCCUCACAGUGGGGGGGGUGGGCUGGGGCCAUCCCUGCCCGUAUUUCAGGUGCAUGAUGCUGAUGUCACAGUGGCCACUGUGACCCGUGAGGCCAAGGGCACAAAAACGGGACUCUGGGCUCAGGCCCAGUGUCAGUGUUACCUGAUCACGAGAGGAGAAGGAAGAGGAGGGACAGCCCCCCUUUUGCAAACGCCUCUCGCUUCUUUUGCACAGAGAGUGUAGGAGCACCUGGAGGAGACCUCGGUGUUCCUCAACCAGACGAUAGAAAGAGACGGCAGAGAGAGACCGGGCUCACACAGGGCUGACCAGCGAGUCAGGGGGCUCUACGCCUCAGGGCUCUGGCCCUGUGUUGCAGACUCGUCUCACUUCUGCCUCAGAACCAGUGGAGGAGCACCUGGAGGAGACCUCGGUGUUCCUCAACCAGACGACAGGAAGAGACAGCAGAGAGAGACCAGGCUCACACAGGGCUGACCAGCGAGUCAGGGGGCUCUACGCCUCAGGGCUCUGGCCCUGUGUUGCAAACUCGUCUCACUUCUGUCUCAGAACCAGUGGAGGAGCACCUGAAGGAGACCUCGGUGUUCCAAGGAUAGAGACCCACCACUGACAGUCACCAUGUCAGACAGGGAGGAGGAGGCCCCUGAAGGGAGAGAGCCAGAAUGCCUGCUGUGUCAGAGAUCAGAUGCUGACCCGGACAUAUGUGGAGAUAAAAUCCAGAAACAUGGGAUCUGUGCCCACGUGUUCUGCCUGUAUUUUGCCAGCAUCCUUGAUCAGCAAGAGAAUGAACGAGUAGGACUUCAGGGCUUUCUCCCAAGGGAUAUCCUACAUGCAGUCAACCGAGCGGCACAGACGAGCUGCUGCAUCUGUGGCCAGAGUGGAGCCACCAUCUCCUGCUGUGAAACAGACUGUGACCUGAGCUUUCACCUGCCCUGUGCCAAGCAGGGAGGCUGUGUCACCCAGUUCAUUACACCGUACAGCUCCUACUGCCCCGCACACAGCCCACAGCAGGCAGUGGAGGCGACUCCAGAGCCGGGCACCGAAUGCCUCAUCUGCAUGGAGCCUGUGGAGGACAGAAAGACCUUUAACACCAUGGUGUGCCCAGCCUGUAAAACCACCUGGUUCCACAGGGACUGCAUUCAAGUAGGAGUGUUCCCUAACCCGAGGGACACAGCAGGGGCUCAGCAGCACCAGGGCUCACUCUCACUACUUGUGUUUGUCCUGCAGGGACAGGCUCUGCGCUCUGGAUUUUACUCCUUCCAGUGCCCCAUCUGCAGAAACAGGCCGGCAUUUCUCGGGGAGAUGUUCACCAUGGGGAUCCGAAUCCCCUUCAGACCACCAACAUGGGAGGAGAAUGAUGCGUUCGCCGAGCUGUUAGACAGACACAGGCGCUGUGAUGCCAGUGAGUGCUUUUAUCCAAGAGGCAGGCAGGAGGCAGAGGAACAGGGGCCCUGGGAACUGCUCCUGUGCUCCUCCUGUGCUGCCGAGGGCACUCACAGAUACUGCUCUAGUGUGCGGAACACCAUAACCGGCUGGGAAUGUGACAACUGUGCUCGCCAGAGCAGCCGCAGACGCCGUGGCACGACAGUCUGCAUGGACAACUGUGAUUGUGACAGCUGUGCUGAGAACUUCACAUCCUCCAGUGAAUUCUCAAUCCUUGCUAGACUCAUGGAGGAGUCUCCUGCUGUGUCAACAGAAGACGAGACCAUCAACCCCAGCACCAGCCAACAGGCAGCAUCAGAGCAGUCUCUGGAAUCUCCCUCAGAGGAGACGAGCAGCCCCAGCCUCUAUAGUCGGGUAACAUCAAGGCCAUUCCACAGCAACAUCCCAGAAACUGAGGACAGCAGCUGCUCUCGCAGUCGGAGGCCUGACCGCCGGCAAAACCGCACCCGCCGGCAAAGUCGGCCCCAAAAUCCACAUCGGUCCAGAAGUCCCCUGGACAGGAGCCAUGUGCCGGAACCAACUGCUGCGAGGUGCAGGCCCAGGGAGAGACAAUCAGGGCCAUCCUGCAGGCGAAGACGCUCCCGCCGGCAAAGUCGUCCCCAAAAUCCACACCUUCGGUACCCGAGUCCCUAUGACAGGAGAUGUUCACCACACCUCCGGUCCCCGAGUCCCCAUGACAGGAUUUGUUUGCCACCACCACCGAGUCCUCGGAGGCGCAGCCGCAGCGAGGAGGCUUCAGAGACAUCCAGCAACCGAAACCGCUCCCGCCAGCAACGUCGGCCCCAAAAUCCACACCUUCGGUCCAGAAGUCGACGUCACAGGAGCCAUGUGAGAACACCAAGGGAUGGGAGCUGCACCUCCACCCAGGAAGCAUCAGAGACAUCCCGCAGCCGAAACCGCUCCCGCCAGCAACGUCGGCUGCAAAAUCCACGCCUUCGGUCCAGAAGUCGCCGUGACAGGAGCCAUGUCCCAACACCAAGUACUGGGAGGCGCAGGCCCAGCCAGGAAGAAUCGGGGACAUCCCGCAGGCGAAAUAGCUCCCGCCGCCAAAGUCGGACCUCAAAUACAUCUGGCCGGUCCAGAAGUCCCCUUGACAGGAACCGCACGCCAGCACCGAGUGCUGGCAGGCGAAACUCAAGGGAGACACCUGCCAGGACUUCCCAAAGACAACAGCACUCCCGCCAGCAGCGUCGGACCUCAGAUUCAUCCAGCAGAUCCAGAAGUCGCCGUGAUGGGAGGCGUGAUAGAGCACCCAGUGCUGGGAGCCCCGCUCACCGCUCAGACGGUGAGACAGGGACUCCCCACUGAUGGGUUACAUGUCAGAGAGGAAGGAGGAGGCCCCCGAAGGGAGAGAGCCAGCAUGCCAGCUGUGUGGACAAUCAGAGGCUGACCCGGACGUGUGGAGAAAAAAUCCAGAUGAAUGGGCUCUCUUUCCACGAGUUCUGCCGGGUGAGUUGCUUCAUGUUUUGACAGGCAGUCCCUGCCACUCUCUCCUCAUCAGUACGUGUCGUUUUUUCUACAGGUUUUUGCCAGCCACCUUCAUCUGC